AUGCCCGAAUUUGUUGCCAGAAGAGCAUUUAAGCAAUUUCAAUUUAAUAGUAUUGUGGAUGAUAAAAAGAUCAAAAUCAGCGAUGGAAAUCAUCAAAUGGAAGUUCCUUUUAAAACAUUGUGUUCAUAUAGCAGGAAAGUUAUGAAUGACUACAUGCAAGGAGAAAACAUUGAAGAAUAUAAACUAAAAGGAGUCAGUGAUGAAACAUUUAAAAUCUUUUAUCAACUUUUUAUAAAAAACAAAGUUUCUAUCGAAAUUUCUGAAGAUAUUCUGAAAGAAAUAUAUCAAAUAGGCAUAGAUCUCGAGAUUGAAGACUUUUUCGAUUGGUAUAGUACUCUUAUUUUCAGAGAUGAAAUAAACUUAAAAAAUAUAGAAGAAGUCCUUUCAUUUAUAAGAAAAUCGCGAAAGAAUUACAAUGAAAAACUAGAUGACAUUAUCAUAUUCAUAGCGAAAAAUAUUUCGGAAAUAGAACCAUCAAAACUUAUUGAUUUAUGUCGUAUUGGUUCCGAAAACAUAUUAAGCAAUCAAGAUUUCAUCGAUAAAAUCAUUUCAAAAUGUGAAGAACUCGGAUAUUUUCAAGAUGAAAACAAAGUUGAUAAAGUAUAUGACUUCUUGAUUGCGUUGAUCAAAGAUUGCAGUUAUUUUGCUUAUUAUAUCAAUAAAUUUGAUGCUGAAAUGAUUCGAUCCUCAGUAAUGAAUACGUUAUUGGAUCUUACUUCGAAUGAAUCCUACAAGAAGUAUCAGAAUUAUGUUUUAGAAAUGCAGAAAAAGAUCAACGAACUUGAUGGAAGGAAUCCGAAAAUAGUCAAAGCAAGAUAUGAACAAUAUGAAUCAUUUUUGUCUAUUAUUUGUGACAAAAUUCAUUCAAAUCAAACAAAUGAUGAGUUGAUCAAUAGAUUCUUAGAUAUCUUCCAAAUUCAAAACAAAUUUGAUGAUAUUUAUAAUUUCCUUUCGCAGAGAGCAGAUGUGAAAGAUGAAUCGACAAUAAAAGUUGCAUGUACAAUCGGAUUAUCAGAAAUCGUUGAUGAUCAACAAAACACAAUCCUUCUCUCUGCAUGUUUGAAGAACAAUUACAAUCUUGUCGAAUCUCUUAUCAACAACAAAUGCAACAAAACAGCAAUUAACAAAAAUAAAGACAAUGCAGUUCUUUGCACAUCAAUCAGUGGCAGCACAAAGAUAUUCGAUUUUCUCAUUAAAAAUGGCUUAGAUGCUAAAAUAUCUAACGAAAUCACAGGGAGAAAUGCCGUUUUAACAGCUUGUGAAAGUGGAAACUUUGAAAUGAUUAAGCAUCUAGUAUCUCAAGGCUUUUCACUUUCAGACUUAGACAAAGAAAAUCAAAAUUGUAUACUUCUAGCUGUUUCUUCUGGUAAUUGGGAAAUAAUCCAUUAUUUAAUUCAAAAUGAUGCAGACCCAUCUCUACAUUCAUCAAAUAAUGACCUUCCUAUUUUUAGAUCCGUAAGGCUUGGACAUCUUGAGAUUUUCCAGAAUUUACUUAUAUAUUGUCACAAUUUUGAUCCAAAUGCUGAAGAUGAUUUUCUUACAAUUGCAAUUUCUCAUCAAAGAUACAAAAUAAUAAAAUACAUUAUCGACAAAAAAUUAGUUAGAAUUAAAGAAAAACAUAAAAAUUUAGUUAAAUCGUAUCUUUCGAAUUGCGAUUCUCUUGAAGAAAUAGAAACCAUAAAGAAGAUUGACCCAAUUUUUUCAAGCAAUUAUAAAGCACAGGAAUCUACUAAAUCUGACGCUAAUCAAAACGAAUCAGCAUAUGUUGAUAUAAAUCAAAAUGAAUCAACACCUGCUGAAACAAUUCAAAAUGAAUCAACACCUGUUGAAACAAUUCAAAAUGAAUCAACAUCUGUUGAUAUAAAUCAAAAUGAAUCAACACCUGCUGAAACAAUUCAAAAUGAAUCAACACCUCUGAAAAAUCAAAAUGAAUCAACAUCUGUUGAUAUAAAUCAAAAUGAAUCAACAUCUGUUGAUAUAAAUCAAAAUGAAUCAACACCUGCUGAUAUAAAUCAAAAUGAAUCAACAUCUGUUGAUAUAAAUCAAAAUGAAUCAAUACCUGCUGAUAUAAAUCAAAAUGAAUCAACAUUUUCUAAUCAAACUCAAUCACAAACAUCCGACACAGAACAACCAAAAUCAUCAAAAUCUAGUAAAAAUAAGGACAGCAAAAUAACUAUUGAUUCAUGGCUAUUUAAAAGAUCAAAAUAUCGAAAAAUUUUCUUCUGUAUGACGACUUUAAUUAUACUAAUAUUUAUAUUGAUUCAUUAA